AUGUUCUAUUUUAUAUUUAUAUUUUAAGUGAAAUAAAAAUAUAAAUAAUGAAAAAUUACAUGAAAAAUAAAUGGAAUAUAAUAAUCACCUAAUAUUGUAUUGUUGUAUAAUUACUACUAAAAAUUUAUAAUUAGAGCAGUUUAUCUGAAUGAAACACGUGGCACUAGUUUGAUAUUACUCACACUCACGUGUAUAAUCACGUGUUUAUGGAGCACAACGUAAUUUACAUGUAAUGUAUAAUAUUUAAAAUGAAUGAGAAUAACGAAUCGAAUUUACAAAAACUUUUCGCAGAAUCAUUAAUAAACGAUAAUGUUUUUAUGAUAACAACGACAGUAGACACAGGUUUCGAGUGGCAAGCAGUGGAUGAAUGUAAAGAGAAAUUAGAUAAAAAUGUUAAAAUUAUUAAAGAACGCGGGAAGAUUUAUCUUAAUGUCUUCUGGAAUCAAUUUGCACAAAUACAAGAGAUGAGAUCAAUAGACAAUAUAUUUAUUGUCGCAGAUGUUAGAAAAUUUGAAUUCUCAGGAAUUAGUAAAGAAGCUGAUUUACAAUUAUUUAAAGAUUCUGUACGUAGUGAUAUGAAAUUAGAAAAGGCUUUAAAUGCUUGGAAAAAUAUUACUGGUUUUCAAGGGAAAAUAUAUCCAACUAUUGAUGAAUAUAAUAGAGCAGAAAAAGACUGUAAGCUUUGUAACACAAUUGUUACACCAAUUAGAGGCAAAAAAAGAGGGCAGGAUCCAUCUGACACUGAGAAAGAUGAAAUAUUAAGGUACAGAGUAACAUGUGAAAGGACUGGCAAACAUACAUUUGAAUCAGCAGAGGUUGCCAGAGCUAUUGGAGGAGAAUUGCAAGAUAAAUAUCUGUGGCUUGUAGAUCUAUCUACGUAUUAUUUAGAAGUAGUUUGCAAAGUAAUUAGCAAUGAACUAGUAACACAGUUACGUGUUACACAUGAAUCUAAGCAUCAUAGGAAUAUCGUAAGUUUUGGACCAACUACUCUUAGAGCAACUGUAUGUUAUAAUUUGCUAAGAUUAGCUCAUCCUAAUUUGGGAGACAUAAUAAUUGAUCCAAUGUGUGGUAGUGGUUCCAUUCCAAUUGAGGCAGCUUUAGUAUAUUCUCAAUCUUAUAUUAUUGGAGGAGACAAUCAUCCAAAAGCUGUAUUUAGAACAAAAUCUAACAUUGAGGCAUCUUCUUCUAAAUGUAAAAUUGACUUAUUACAUUGGAAUGUAUCACAACUACCAUUUAAAGAUUCUUUUGUUGACAUUAUUGUUACUGAUAUGCCAUUUGGAAAAAGAAGUGGACGAAUAACAGAUAACAGAACACUUUAUAAAGAAAUUUUGAUAGAAUUAGGACGAAUAAUGAAACCCUUAACAGGACGGAGUGUUUUGCUCACUUAUGACAGACGCAGCUUUAGCACGGCUUUACAAGUAGCUAGAGAUUUAUUCUGUGUAACAAAAACUUUAGGUGUAAACAUAGGUGGUCUUCAAGCUGUAGUUUAUGUGUUAAAACGGACAAAUUUAUCCUAUGAACAAUUUAAACCGAAAUUUGUUAAACACAUAUAUAAAAAGAAAUAAAUUUAAGAAGAAAGAAGUAAAUUUAAAUACCUUUAUAUUACAAAGUUUAUAUUUUGUAAGAGUUUAAUAAAAAGAAGUUUUUAUAUUUCUUAUAAAAAAGCUUUUUAUUAUUUAUUUAAAGUAAUUAAACCUUUGUAUUAAAUAAUAAACUUUAUAAGAAGAACUUUCUUCUACUAGUUUCCAUAUCGUGUCUUUUUCCUUGUAUCAGCCAUUCAUAUUCCCCAUAUUUACUGUCAAAUGUUCCAUGUUGUAAUGAUUUCAAUUUUAAGGUAAAUCUUGGUCCUAACUCUCUCAAUCUGGGUUUACCUCUUUUCAUGUCAAAUUGAUACCUGCAAUGUUAUUUACAUUAGUUAUUUAUAUUAUAUUAUCCACUAUAGCAAUUAUACCUAUGAUGUCUGAAGAAUAUAUAAUCUCUUUGAUUAUGGAAUGUUACUACUCUCCUGCCUUUAAAUUCAGGUUCAUAAUGAAACAGUGCUCCUAACAUUCUACCAAUUGUACAACCCAAGCGAGUAGUGAAAUUGUUUAAAAUAACUUCUGGUCUAUGGUUAGAAAUUUCUUUAUGAUUACGUUUUAAAUCUGUUGUUAACUUAACAUUGCUAAGUUUAAAGUGUGCUGUUGGUCCAUCAGGUAAAUGAAUAAUUAACAUACCGUCUAAGAAGGUUUAUAAGGAAAACAUUAAAUAAAAAUAAUAAUAUGUUUUCUUUAAAUAAUUCAAUUGUUACAAGGAUACUUGGUUUGCACUGAUCUUCAUUAACAAUUACAAUGUCAGUGAAAUUUUUUGCAAUAGCACUUUUUACCAUUUUCUUUACUCCAGAACGAUUUCUAUAUAAAGAGAUAGAAUUUGGUAUUAUUCUCGUUAAUUCUCUUCCAAAAAUUCUAUUCUUUCUUGUUGGAUUGUCACUAAAAGUAAUCAAAACUUUAGGUUCAUAAGCAUGUCUAUAGUAAGCAGCAAAUUCAUCAUGUUCAAAAUCAACUUUAAGUUCUGCAUUCUCUUCAUCAUCGAGAUCACCAGUGACAGUAGUUUCAUCUUUUUCUCUUAAGCUUUCAAUAGUAUGUGGAACUUGUUUUGGGCCACCUUCUUGAAUUCUUUUCUUCUUAGCUUCUUUUUUUGCUUUUGCUUUUUCUUUCAUUAACUUCUGACAUUUCUGAUAACGAACUGCUUUACACUUUAUGUGAUUAAAAUUGCUGUCAGAAGGCAAAAUAACCUCUGAUGUUUUGUGUUCUGAAGUACUUGGUUCUUCUUCAUUUUUCUUUUUCUGAACUUGACUUAAAGGAUUUAUUCGUAAAUUUUUGAGUUUCAUUUCGAUGAAUUGUUUAGUAUAAUUAAUAUACAAAAUUAAUAUUCUGAAUCACGUGUACCCAAGUACUAUACACAUGACUUUUCGAUAGUCAGGUUAUGAUAGGUUAGUCUAGUACAGUUCAUUGCCGCCAACUUUCAAAUAUCACAUGAAAGUUUCAAGGAUAUACACUAUUAUUUUUAUUUUACAUUAAAAAAUUAAAAUAUAUAUUUAUAUAUAUUAAACAUAUAAAUGCCUGUACAUACACGUUGUUUUGACAUAAAAUAUAUUUUUGAUAAUUUUUAUAGAUAUUUUAAUUUAUGUACACUUAAAUGUAAUAUUGGAAUAGAAUUUUUUACACAUAAAGCUUAUUUUUAGUUAAAAUUUAACUGUACAGCUUAUUGAAAUAACUUUAAGAUGUCAUCUUUUAUACACAAAUAUCAGAUAUUAUACUUGGAUAAUUUUAUAUGUAUAAUAAAACACUGUAGGAAUAAACCCUCUUUUCAAAUAUUUUGGUGUUAAAAUGUUUUGGUUAGAAAAAUUUUAAAGUUACCCAUAAUACAAAAAAGACAAAUAUAGAAAACAACACCAAAUAUAAGAUGUAAUAAGCAUGACUUCCUUUGGAUAAACGUAAUACACGUGCAACUGAACUUGUUAAUAAACCACUUGUUCUUUCGAAAUCUUCAUCCUAAUAACAAAAAAAUUCAUUUACAUAUUUUUUAUCUUCAAUUUAUAUCCUAAAGAGAUCUCGAUUAAUACUGAUGAGUUAUUCACCAUUCCACGGAGCAUUUUGUCCUGAUAUUGUACUUCAUUUCCAAUGUCAAUCGACAAUGACUUUAGGGCAUGUAUUUUGUCUUUUAAAUGGUCUGUCAUUCUUUCAUUCUCGUCUUCCAAACCUCCAUGGCUGGAUGUAGUUGGUAAUGGUUCAUAGGCAUAAUCUAUCAAAAAAUAUCAAAUCAUAUUAUAGUAAUUAAAUAUUAUAUUAAACUUUUGACAUUGGUUAACUAACUUGUAUGAGUCCUUCGCAUUUUAUUCUCAAUUUUGAUGGUUAAUCAAGAUACUUCUGCAGCAAAGCUUAUAGUAGAUCUAAAUAACAAUAUAAAAUAUUAGUACAAAGUAACAAAAUAUAAAUUAAAUUAAACAAGUUGCAACUAAUUGCAACAGUUCUAAUUUUAAUUAUAUAUAUUUUUAUAACUAAGUAUAUAUAAUGAUAAACAAAGAAAAGUAUAUAUAAAUAUUUAUUGUUUGUUUUAAUUUUUUACUAUUUUUAAAUGACUUGAUAAAAUAUGACAUGAAUUUCGUAAAUAAGAAUCUAUAUUUUUAAUUCACUUAAAGUUUGAAUGAGAAAGUAACAUGUAGUAUGGAUAAAUUUCUUUUUAGUCAAUAUUGUAUAUCCAUAAAAUUAAUGAAAAUAUUUUAGCUAUUUUCAUAUAUAGCAUUAAAAAUAUGUCAUUAAAAAUAUAAUUAUAAACAAUGCAAAAAGAACUGUCAAUGAAGCAAUCAUACCAUGCGACUCCGACACACGUUAUGUUACGAUAUGUGAUAUAUGUCAACGUCACAUUAUGAUGUGUAUUCAGGAUUACCAACUUUACAAUUGGAACGAUCACUUCGAAGGAUAAUUUUGUUAAAUAUAAUGGAAAUUAUUUUGAGAAAUAAUUUAUAUAGCUGUACUUCAUUACGUACUAUUAGAUUAAAUAAAUUAAAUUCAUUCAAUUGGUGAAAUUUAAAUCUAGUUAAAAGAACUUAAAAUUGAAAUCUGUUUAUUAAACUGACGUUUAAAAAAUAAAAUUAUGUACCCUUUGCUAAAUCAAUUAUUUAACAGAUGAGAAGAAUUAAAAAGUGGAGUUUUUUAUAUUUUGUUCCAAGUUAGACAAUGUUACAGAAUGACAUACGAAAUGCGCGCGCAAUGAUUACAGCGCUAAUUCAAUGAUAUGUAAUACACUUGUGCGAUAGUGAAUUUUAAUCGAUAUUUUUUGCGAUCGAUCUAUAGUAUUGUAAUGUAACGUACAAUUGUUAGUUUUUGGCGGAAAGUGCAGAAAGAACGAGUUAGAGCGAUAAAUUGUCAGGUAAAGACUGAAUUAGUAGUUUUUAGAUUUAUGUUCGCAUUAUUGUACGUGUCUAUGAUUUAGUACACUAAAUAUUUAAUUUAUUUAAUAUAAAUUUUCUUUUUUUCUUUUAUGAGAGGAAAAGAAAAUUUAUAUUUUUGGUUGUAUUUUGGUUACCACAUAGCUCGUAUUACCCAUGAGCUUUCAAAAUAUUUCAUCUUGAUUAUUGUCUCAUUUUUAUAUAAUUUACUCCUUUUAUACUUUUAUUUGAAUAUUUUAAUGUUCUUUUAUACAGAUUAUUGGUUGGUUGAGAAGAAAAUUUCGAAACAUGAGGAGAAAAUCAUGAAAUUUAAAAACGCGCUACGGUGAAUAAUGAUGAAUUUAAUAGUUUUUCAUAUAGUAAUAUCUGAUUUAUUUUAAUGAAAGCUGACGUAUUUAUACGUUUAUAUUCUCUAACUUUUCAAAAUAAUUUAUAUUAUUUUUGGAACAAUUUUAUAUCGUUUUCGGUACAGGUUUGAACACAUCCUGCGCAUCGUUUCUUCUGCGCAGCUUCGUUUAACUGACUAAAAUAGACCGCCAUAUUAGAAUCUUUAUAUAUUAUUCCAAUUACUUUGAUUACUUGUAUUACGCUUUCAAUCAUUAUUAAUUAAAAUUUUACGUUAGAAUCUUGAUUCUUAUAAUAAUUGAAGUACAUUAGAAUUUUAAUUUUCUUUAUUAUUAGUCUUUUUUAAAUUAAAUUGUAAUAAUUUGUAUUUUAUUAAAGGUUUUUUUUUACCUCUUCCUUUUCUUCUUUGCCUGUGAGAAGGACAUAAUGGAACAGGAAGCAAAAAAUGUGAGUAACUUUAUAUUUUACUUUAUACUUUAUUCAAUUCUCUUCAUUGUAUUAUUUGUUAUAUUUUUUUUUAUCUGAUUUGCUAAAUUCAAAUUUUCUUGGAACUAAUAAGAAAUAUUUAAAUAAUUAUAAUAUUAUAGUAAAUAUUAA